AGGGUUUCCGGGCGUACACACGAUGCCCCGCCUCCAUUGGGCUAUGCCAUUUUGAACAAAAACGGUGGAUAAAAUAGAUAGAGGCAAAGAUGUGGGGAAAUGUUUUAAAAACGAGCUUUUAAACAAUUCUUCUGUGAACUUUUACUCGUGACUGGAAAUUGUGGAGCUUCGUGGACAAACAGCCGCCACACCCGGCUGCCCAAGCUAGCUAACCUUAGCAUAGCUAAGCUAACGUAUAGCGGAUGCGAGCACUAGUCGGCGAAGAAGAAUUUCAAGCUGAAACACGCUUGAGUUAUUUAUUUAUUUUUAGUAUCUUUUCGUUGCUUGAGAGAAGACUGAGAUGGGGAGAUGAGCAAACGUAGUGUGGCUGUGCCGCCGCUAUGAGGACACCAGCUCGUUAGCUCGCCUGCUAGCGGUUGUUUUUCGUUCCACAGCGGAACCCCAAUAAGCUGCGGCCCUGGCCAUGCCCUCGAGUGUACGGGCGGGCAAUCUGAAGGACCCGGAUGUGGCAGACCUCUUCUGCAGAGAUGAUCCGGAGAAGCUCUUUGCGGACCUUAGGGAGAUCGGCCAUGGCAGCUUUGGAGCAGUCUACUUUGCACGAGAUGUGCGCAACAAUGAGGUGGUGGCCAUCAAGAAGAUGUCGUACAGCGGCAAGCAGACAAAUGAGAAGUGGCAGGACAUCAUUAAAGAGGUGAAGUUCCUGCAGAAACUUCGUCAUCCAAACACCAUUGAGUAUCGGGGAUGUUACCUGAAGGAGCACACAGCAUGGCUAGUGAUGGAGUACUGCCUCGGCUCCGCCUCCGACCUUCUCGAAGUUCACAAAAAGCCUCUGCAGGAGGUGGAGAUUGCUGCUAUUACCCAUGGUGCACUGAAGGGUUUGGCAUACCUUCACUCUCACAACAUGAUCCACAGGGACGUGAAAGCAGGUAACAUCCUGCUGACGGAGCCCGGUCAAGUCAAACUUGGUGACUUUGGCUCUGCUUCCAUCGUGGCCCCAGCCAACUCAUUUGUGGGGACACCCUACUGGAUGGCUCCUGAGGUGAUCCUGGCCAUGGAUGAGGGGCAGUAUGACGGCAAAGUGGACGUGUGGUCGCUAGGCAUCACCUGCAUUGAGCUCGCGGAGAGGAAGCCCCCCCUGUUCAACAUGAACGCCAUGAGUGCCUUAUACCACAUUGCUCAGAAUGAAAGCCCCAUCCUGCAGUCCAGUCACUGGUCUGAUUCCUUCCGCAAUUUUGUGGACUCAUGUCUGCAGAAGAUUCCCCAGGACCGGCCCACCUCUGAUGUGCUGCUCAAUCAUCGCUUCUUAUGCCGCGAGCGACCGUUGACGGUGGUCAUGGAUCUGAUUGCCCGCACCAAGGAUGCUGUGCGCGAACUCGACAACCUGCAGUACCGCAAGAUGAAGAAGAUUCUUUUCCAAGAAACUCAGCAGAAUGGCCCCAUGUCAGAGGGAGGAGAGGACGAGGAGGAGGUGGAGCAGUACCUGUUACGGACGGGAACCGUCAACAGCAUGGAGAGCUCUCAGUCUGUGCCCAGCAUGUCAAUCUCGGCCAGCUCUCAAAGCAGCUCUGUCAAUAGCCUGGCUGAUGCCUCUGACAACAGCAGCGGCGAGAUGGCCAUGAUGCAGGAGGGAGAGCACACGGUCACUUCCAACAGCUCCAUCAUACACCGACCAGCUGCUCAGGACAACAUCUAUGAUGACCCUUACCAACCGGAACUGGAGCAGCCCCAGGCUCCCUCUGCCGGCCGCCGCAGAGCCUACUACCGCAACCGAGACCACUUUGCCACUAUCAGAACUGCUUCCUUGGUUACACGGCAGAUCCAGGAGCAUGAGCAGGGCUCUGCGUUGCGGGAGCAGAUGUCAGGAUACAAGCGCAUGCGACGGCAACACCAGAAGCAGCUGAUGGGCCUAGAAAACAAGCUGAAGGCUGAAAUGGAUGAGCAUCAGCUCAAGCUGGAUAAGGAGCUGGAAAACCAGAGGAACAGCUUCUCCUCAGAGGCCGACAAGCUGGUCAAGAAGCACCAGGCCAUCCUGGAAAAAGAGACCAAAGCUGCUUUUUCAGAGGAGAAGAAGUUCCAGCAGCACAUUUUGGGCCAGCAGAAGAAAGAACUGACCAGCUUAUUAGAGUCACAGAAGCGUCAGUAUCGCCAGCGCAAGGACCAACUAAAAGAGGAAUUGAACGAGAACCAGUCAACUCCAAAGCGGGAGAAGCAGGAGUGGCUGAUCCGGCAGAAGGAGUGCCUUCAGCAGAUGCAGGCAGAGGAGGAGGCCAGUCUGCUCAGGAGGCAAAGACAGUACUACGAGCUGCAGUGCCGACAGUACAAGAGGAAAAUGCUGCUUGCUCGACACAAUCUGGAACAGGAUCUACUUCGAGAGGACCUGAACAAAAAGCAGACCCAGAAGGAUCUGGAGUGUGCCAUGCUACUGCGCCACCACGAAUCCACUCAGGAACUGGAGUUUAGGCAGUUGGGCACUGUGCAGCGGACCCGUGCAGAGCUGAUCCGAACACAGCAUCAAACAGAGCUGACCAACCAGAUGGAGUACAACAAACGUCGAGAGCAAGAACUACGUCAGAAACACACCGUGGAAGUGCGACAGCAGCCAAAAAGCCUCAAGUCCAAAGAGCUGCAGAUCAAGCGCCAGUUCCAGGAGACGUGCAAGAUUCAGACACGUCAGUACAAAGCCUUACGCAACCACCUCCUGGAAAGCACGCCAAAGUCAGAACACAAGGCCGUGCUGAAGCGCGUCAAGGAGGAACAGACUCGUAAGCUGGCUAUCCUGGCCGAGCAGUAUGACCACUCCAUCAAUGACAUGCUUUCUACUCAGGCUGUGAGUAAGCUCCGGCUGGACGAGACCCAGGAGGCGGAAUACCAGGUGCUACGCAUGCAACUGCAACAGGAACUUGAGCUGCUCAACGCCUAUCAGAGCAAGAUCAAGAUGCACACUGACACGCAGCAUGAGCGUGAGAUCAAGGAGCUGGAGCAGAGGGUGUCCAUACGCCGCGCGCUGCUGGAACAACGGAUCGAGGAGGAGAUGCUGUCCCUGCAGAACGAGCGCUCUGAGCGUAUCCGGACACUUCUGGAACGGCAGGCUCACGAGAUUGAGGCCUUCGACUCAGAGAGCAUGCGUCUGGGCUUCAGUAACAUGGCGCUGAGCGGCAUCCCAGCCGAGGCCUACAACCAGGGCUAUCCUACCCCUAGCCCCUCAUCGGGCUCUGGGGGCUGGCCCUCACGACCCGUACCCCGCUCAGGCAGCCACUGGAGCCACAGUGUCCAGAAUUCUGUGACCACACCGUCGUGGCGUGGCGGUGGGGGCGGCUUCGUCAGGACCGAGUCAGUUGUGUCGUCGCAUGGCUUCGGCAGGGAUGUUGAACCCGUCAAGGGCAGCAGAGCGUCCUCUUCCACGUCGUCGUCGUCAUCUUCCUCGCACCACCACCACCACCACAACCAUCAGCACCAGCAGCCGCACUACCUCCCCCAGCACUACCAACACCACCAGAGCACGCCGCACCUGUACCGUGACGAGAGGGAGCGUACCAGGGACUGGGUGGGGGGUGGCAGCCACUAUUCCCAUCAUUCCCAGGGGGGGCACCACCACCAUCACCUGUCAUCCCAUGCCUCGUCUCAGUCCCUGGCCCUCCUGCCGCCCCCUCCCGCACCUCCACCCGUCUCCCUGUCUUCCUCCCCGCCGUCCUCGGCCUCCUCAUCUUCAUCGUCUCAGGGAGGUUAUAGUGGCGGCCUUGGUGUGCGGGGGCCCAGCCUCAUGGCCCUCAGGAACAGCCCACAGCCUCUGCGUCGGACGGCCUCGGGGGGGCCAGGGGGUGGCGGCAGCGACGGUGGCCUGAGUCGAAGCACGUCGGUCACGUCUCACAUCUCCAACGGCUCGCACCUGUCUUACUCAUGAAGAUUUCAUUGAGACUAGAGUUUAGUAUUUUUCAUUCUGAAUUUAAUUCAUGUCAUUUGCAGUUUCUGUUGCACAAGCUCGAGUUUGAGAUUUUGGUCUCGGACAUAACUUGGCGCUUCCCCUAGUGGUGCUUUUCAAACCACUCUCACUCUGUAAAUAGUAUCUUCCUACUCCUUCAUAUGUUUGAGACUGUUUAGGAGACAUUCUGUAGAUAAUAUAAACAAAACAACUCUACGUGCCAGUCUUCCCUUCACCACCACAUUGGCAAGCUAUGCCACAAAGUUAGCUUAGUGCUCACCCAGCCGCUCGGACGUGCGCUUACCUUAGCAUCCCGGAUGUAUCUGUUAGCUUCUACUACUUAAACAGCCUCACAAAUGCUCCAAUGUGCCAUGAGUGUAGCCUAGCUAACCAGUGGCCACAUCACUUUGUUGUUUAAAAAAAAAAAAACAUUGGUCCACAUUAUAGUUAGCUUAGCUUAGCUUUGUAUCUCUGCACCGUCCAGUGUAAACCUUUUUUUUUUUUUUUUUAAACAUUGAUUUUAAAGUUAUUUUUAUUUCUGAUAUUUUUAACAAUGGGGAGUGAUAGCAUGCUUUUUUUGAAUCAAUACAGACACCCUAAUGAUACAUUAUGUUCCGGCAGGUUUACGCCCUGUGUCGUGUUGAGGCACAUUACGCUACGACAUGUUGCAACACCUUUAGUAUGUUUCAGUAUGUUGUGUCACAAGACUCUACAUUAUCCUAUGACUAGUUAAGUUAGAACACAUUAUGCUAUAACCUUUGAGUUUCAGCACGUUAUGGAAUAAAGCUGUUGCACGUCACAGACGUGUUUACGAAACACCACAGCAUGUUACGUGAUGACAAGUUACGUGUUUCGUAGCAGCAUGUUAUGACACACCUAGUUGUGGUACUUUGCAACAUGUUACGGUGCCGCACGUUAUUUUGCAACACAUAACGAUGUGUCAAGUUCUGUAGCGGAUGUUAUGUUACAGCCUACUUUGUCAUGACACAUUCACUUACGACCAGUUACACGAUACUUUGCGUUUAUGGCAUGACACACUACAUUACUGCUUGACCCGUUAUGGCGCAUUCAUCCCCGAGAAGCUUGCUCAUGCGGUGUGUGGUUACCAUGGAAAACACUGCGGGUUAUUGUUAGGUUGUCAAUUUACAGUCAUGGAAGAAGUUGUGAAGGAUUUUCCCCUGUAGAGUCUCCCAAACAAUGUGGAGUGCUGUCUUUUUCUGUAGAAUCUCAAUGUGAACGUCACGGGUCCCCCGUUGACACGCCAUGUACAUAGUUACGCUCACUCAAAAGCGUCUUUGUAAUUAUUGGGAUCAUUUGUCAUGUGACCUGCUAGGCCAAGAGAUGCUACUGCUGUCAUAUUUGUUUUAUGCUAUUUUUAAAUACUAAGUUUAACUUUUUUUUUUUUAUGUGACUGCCAACGUUGACCACUCAUCGAAGAAUAAGUGGUGUGCAGUUUGACUGUGAUAGAGCAACAUAUGAAGUCCAUUUCCCAGCAUUCCUUGUCUCGUGUCAGUAUUAGGAUGUGGACCGUUCCUACCAUCCUUUGGUGCCAUGUUCAAGUUGACUUUUUGUGUGUGUGUGUGGGGGGGGGGGGGGGGUGGUUGGGUGUGUGUGUGUGUGUGCAUGGGUGUGUGUGUGCAUGGGUAGAGGUGCAGAAGCAUCAUGCUACUUCCUCCCGCCCUCACGAAGGGAAGUGUCGGUCCUCUUUGAUUGUCACGUCUACCUCAUUUGCACUGAUGGUCAAAGAAUGUUUGGCUCUUCUCAAACGCGCCAGGAGCAGCGCGUUGGACUUCACAAAUGAGCGAUGUUUCACUUUUUGACUUGUUUUGUCUUGUUCUAAUAUUUUAAUUUGGUUAGGAAGGUUUGAAGCUUGAAGAGGCACAAAGAUUUGAGGAAACACAUUUUUGUCUUGGGUCCCCUUAAAGGAAGCUAAGCUUGGGGAGAUGAGGUGGAUAUGUUGUGGUCUUCUCGUUUCCCACAGGGUGAUCUAAAGAUUAUUUUUCUAGUUUGGAAGUCCAGAAGGAAUUGUGACACAUUGCAAACAUGUUUCAGGAAGCUUAUCUUUUCUUCCCAAAUAUCAGGCUUUCUUUACACAUGGUGAAAAAAAUGAAACAUUUGAAGGGAGGAAAGUUGUACAGAAAUGUAACAAAAUACUUUUGGAAAAAAUAAACAGUAAAUUGUAUUGUG